GCUGCCGCCGGGGCGGUGCCGCGGAGCGAAGUGAGGGUGAGCGGGCCCGGGGGCGCUUUCUGCCCCUUUUUACCGCUCUGGGGGCCGCGGGAGUUAGCGGCUGGGCCUGCUCGGGGCUCGAACUGGGGCGGUGUCUGCGUCCAGACUACUUUUCGUGAAUGCUUCCUGGCAAUUCCUGGCGCUUUGUCUGCGUUUGGGACAAUCUGGGAAAAUACUGGCAGAGGCCAAAAUCGUGCCAGUGACAAAAAUGACCAUCCUGUGGUAGCAGAUGCGGUUCGUCCCGCAGCGGGCCGGGGAAGCCUCCCCCCCUGUCCGUGUGCUAAAACCUUCACUUUCACAACAAAGAAGCUGCAACAAUGGGAGUGACUAAUCUGUGGCAAAUCCUUGAGCCUGUGAAACAAUCAGUCAGCUUGAGCAGCCUCAAAGGAAAAACACUUGCUGUUGAUCUCAGUCUCUGGGUUUGUGAAGCACAGACCGUUAAAAAGAUGAUUGGAGUAGUUACAAAGCCACACCUGAGAAACCUGUUUUUUCGGAUCUCUUUCUUAACAUCAAUGGGAAUUAAACUAGUAUUCGUCAUGGAAGGAGAGGCCCCCAAGUUGAAAGCAGACACCAUGAGUAAGAGGAAUGAGAUGCGCUAUGGACCUUCAAAGAAAGUUGGAGCUGCAAGAACAGGGAGAUCUUUAUUUAAAGCCAUGUUAAAAGAGUGUCUGGAACUGCUGGAGUGUUUAGGUGUUCCUUGGGUUCAAGCAGCUGGGGAAGCAGAAGCGAUGUGUGCCUACCUAAAUGCAAAAGGACAUGUUGAUGGCUGCAUUACCAAUGAUGGAGAUGUCUUUUUAUAUGGAGCUCAAACAGUUUAUAGGAACUUUGCUAUGAAUGCAAAGGAUCCAUAUCUUGACUGUUACACGAUGUCCUCUAUUAAGGAGACACUUGGUUGUGACAGAGAGUCUUUGAUUGGGCUAGCUGUUCUUCUGGGUUGUGAUUAUCUUCCAAAGGGUGUUCCAGGAGUUGGGAAAGAGCAAGCUUUAAAGUUAAUUGAUACUUUGCGAGGCCAGAACUUGCUGCAAAGGUUUGAGCAAUGGAAAGAACAAUUGCAGUAUGAUAAUAAUCCACCUCUGGUUGUUAAAAGGGUAAUUCACUGUUCUGAGUGCCAACAUCCAGGUUCUUACAAGGAACAUGAACACAGUGGAUGUAAAUUCUGUGAAAGUACUAAAUACUGCAAACCCAGUGACUCCAAAUUCUGCUGCCCUUGUGAAUGGCAUCAGUUAGAGCGAGCGAAACAAGCAAGUGCAGUGGAGGACAAUAUCAGAAAAAAAGCUAACAGCUGUGAGGGCUUUCCAUUCUCUGAGGUUAUCCAAGAAUUUCUUGUAAACAAGAAUAAAUUGAUCAAGAUAAAAGAAUGUCAAAGGCCCAAUUUAUUGUCCUUUCAGAUAUUUGCUUCUGAGAAGAUGGAAUGGCCCAAACAUUAUGCUUCUAAGAAACUGUUAGUGCUAUUGACGCAUUAUGAUAUGAUCCAGAGAAAGUCUGGGUACAUUGAUUCAAAACAACUGCAGGCAAUACGUAUAGUCAAGACACGUAUUAAAAAUGGAAUUCCUUGUUUUGAAAUUGAGUGGCAAAAACCAGAACAUUACGUUGAUGCAGAAGAUGAGCCUGUGGAGUUGUUUGUAGUCACAGUAGAAGAGGAGUCCUUGUUUCAGGCAGCUUAUCCUGAUGUUGUUGCCCGUUAUCUAAUGGAAAAGUCAGAAGUUCUGAAGAAGAAACAGAAGAAUAGGAAAGACAGACCAAAAGAAAAGGAAUUAUCAAAUGUGUAUGAUGAAGUUAGCGAUCUUCUGUCUCAAAUGAAUUUAAAAUCUAGAUGUGGAAUUAUUCCUGUGCAAGACUACGAAUAUAAAGAUAUAAAAACUCCUCCAGAAGAUCAGAUACACCAGAGAAAUACUGAAUCAGAAGAUGCAGUGUUGGCUGCAGCUUCCUGCACAACAACUGUUCAGAUGCCAGCAUCGGCAGCUGCUCUGCCUCUGACCACAUCACAUUACUCGCUCUUACAGAAUACGUUGGCUGACUCAUCUAUAUUGCCAGCACAAUUUACUAAAAAUUCAGGGAUAUCAUCAUCUUCUGCUGUAACAGCUGGUCGACAGCUAAGUGGUAUUGAUUUGGAAGGAACCUUCUUCAGCACUUCACCAGCCCACGGGGGUGAUACCCAUGAUCCAGCACCUGGCUUAACUGCAUACAUGAAGCACUCACAUCCGCUAGGUCAUGAAGCAGCAAGAAAUAGCUCAGAGUAUUCUGAUGCUGUGCAGUCUGAUCAACAACAUUCUGAUAGUGCAGAUGAUUUGAGUUCAGAUGAUGCUUUGGGGCAACUUCAUAAGAGGUCUUUAAGUGAGCGAAUACUUAAGAAGACUUCCAUUCCAUCAAACCCUUCGUUGUCUGAAGAUGUGGUGCAAAUGGAGUCUUUGAAAUGUUUUAAACAAACAAAAACAACACUGAAUCCUGAUAAAGAUUAUAUCUCUUCCUCAUGUCAGUUAAAUAAACUAGUACGGGAAAGUAAAAAAGUGCUAUCAGAAAACUAUGCAAGGGAAUCCAGCGUGCACAUUUGUCAAGAUCAGUACAAAAAAGCUGGCAGCCUGGCUGAAAUUAUGCAAAACGACCAUAAUAUAAGCAAUUCAACAUCUCUAGCCCUCAGUCAGCAAACAACAAAGAUGUUGCCUCCUGGGUGUGAAAAGUUUCCUGUGUCUCAAAAACCAGCAAAUGUAACUGGCUAUCACAUUGAAAAAGCCUGUACUCAAACUUCAUUUAAAAAGAGUGUGUGCAAGAACAGAUGUUCUUCUAGUGAAGACAGUGAUGAUGGGAACAAAAAUAAAAACCUGCAGAAAAAAAGGCAACUGAACCCUGGUCAGUUUAAAAAAUGUUUUACAAAGAAAAGGGAUAAUGUUGUUACUAGCAAAAGAACUAACAGUGACUCAACCCUUAUAAUUAAAGAAAACAAGAAAACGACCAGUUUAAAAAAAGCUGUUAAUAGUUUGUCAUUGCAAGUGUCUCCAAAAUCUUCCUUUCUAGGGGAAGUUGAUUGUUUCCAAAGCCCAGAGCAGCCAUUUGAGAGGUCAAGUUCUGGUCCCACUCAGCAAGACGAAAGUGCCGUCCUGACUUGUGCAUGGGCAGACAGUCCCCUUCCCCUGUCUGAAAGACUAAAGGGAAGAAUCAAAAUCAAUUAGGUUCCCUUAAAAUAGAUUAUGAUAACAAUUAGCUCCGAACCUUCAGCUCUUACAGAGUUCUUGAAGUUUCUGCAGUGUGCUCUAUCAAUUUUAAUGGGCACAGUUUUGAUGAAUAAGAAGUAAUGUGAAAUAAUUGCAUACUGGAGCUAAAGUUUGAAACUAUAAUGUUAGCAAAAGUACCAAAUAGCUGACUAUAGGCAAGUGCAAGUUAUUCUGGACUUGAUUACUCUCUGAACUUGAUACAUAAGCAUCAGAAUGUAGUAUACAUAUAGCAGGGAGGUUAAUUAAUGAAAUAAGGUUUUUUUUUUCCCCAGACAAUUGUGAGAUUUUUGUGUACAGUUAUUUGUCCUUCUGCUUAUGAAAACAGACUUGGGAAAAUAGUGCCUGCACUGCUGUUGGAUAUUCUUAAUAAGACAAAGUGAUAACAUUACUUCCCAACUGAAAUUUUCCAUUCUGCUCCACUAACUUAAUUUUGCUAGUUUUAAAAUGGGUUUUCAGAUUCUGGGAUGCGGGUUGUGUUGAUUACCUCUGAAGGACCAGACAGAGACACACAGCAGAUGUGCCUUGCAGAGCAGCUAAAUUUAAAUCUGCCAUGUCCUGUAAUAAACUGUUCUUUGAGUAUGUGCACCUUCCAAAUAGUGCAGUAAGUGAUGUGAGGAUAUUCCAGUUUUGUAGCUGUCAUAUCUAUUGUUCAAGGAAAUUUUUGUUUUAAUCAAACAUUAAUCAUUCGAGGAAAUUUUUUUUCUUAAAGAAGGUAUGAAAUCUGAUCUAACACUCACUUGUAAUAGAAUGAAGGUUAAGUUAGAUAAAAUCAGAUGGUGAUGUUAUUGCAGAUUAUUUGAAUAUUGCCAUGUAAAUGAUUGUUAUUAAAGGGAGAACUUGAAUACAAUUGCAUUUUUGAAGCUGUUCUUCCUACUUAUUUAAUAUAGAAGCAAUCUCUGUUCAUAGGCAGAAAAAAAGUUGUGUUCACCAGCUCAUUAGAAAGUUCCUCCUUGCCUGUGUUUAAGUGUUCAUAACUUUCUAUGGACCAGCCAGAAGGAAGGCCGCUCUUACUAAGAUAGAUAACGUUAACAAUAGAAAAUUAGAAUAUCCAUGCCUUAAUGAAAAUGUCAAUUCCCUCUUCAUAAAGACCAAGGCUUUAAAAGCUAGGAAGCUAAAUUCCAGAUGUAUUUAAGGAAGAAAUAGGUAGUCUAUAGAUAUAGAUCUGUAAUUAGCCAAAAUGGUAGUUUCUUAUUUUCCUCUGUGAGCAGAUGGAGAAAGCUUCUUUAUAGUUGAUUUUUCAAAUGAGAAAUGUAUUACGGAAAUGAGUGAAAAAUGAAAUCCAAAAUAUUGGAAACUUAUUUUCAGUUUUGAAGAUGGGCUUUCUCUUCUGGAGACUCUUACCCUCUCACAUCAGCUGCAUAGUUAUCUGGAGGAAUGGAAUUGCUGAGAAGGAUAAGAGUAGUGGUCACCUGGGAUUGUAAAUGGAGAGAUUCCUUGUGCAGUGGUCAGUACUGGAGAGAUCAGACCGUUUUUUGUGGAAAAACAUUGUUAUUUGUUCUGUCUGAUUCUUUUCCUUGCUGCUGAUACUAAAUACUGAAAGUUGGAGUCAAGAGUUUGAAUUUUUGUUUAAUAAAUAUGCCAACAUCAUGUGAA